CUCGCCACACACAUCACAUACACACACACACACACACACACACACACACACACACACACUCUCUCUCUCUCUCUCUCUCUCUCUCUCUCUCUCUCUCUCUCUCUCUCUCUCUCUCUCUCUCUCUCUCACACACACAUCUCAGUUCUUAACAACUGAUAUCCAAGCCAAAAUUCACCAUGAAGUUUCUUCUCGUAACUCUGUUGGCAACCUUGGCAGCUGCCCUGCCAUCAGCACCCUUAACCGAGGACUCUCUCGAGGCUCGCCAAUUGCCCGUCGCCUGCGACUGUACACUGCGUGUAUCGUCGUUGGUGUUUAGCGACAGAAUCCCCGUCGGACAAGGCCGUAUCCAGCGGAACAUGCGUGUGGUCAACGGCAACAACCAGUUCUGCAGCGUGACCUUUGAGCGCGGGAACAACAACAAGUGUAACCUGUUCAAGCAAGUCGCAGGACCCAGCGGCAGUGGAUGUACGCCGGCAUCCGGCGGCCUGGAGUGUCAUGAAGCGUUCUAGACGAGAGGGACGAACCUCUGUCUCCCGGCGAGGAGCCAGAGGAUGAUGGGGAUACAGUUCUGUAGACUAAAAAGCGUGCAGGGGAGCGAUAGUGAACUUUCGAAUAAUACCUGUUAGCUCAGCGCAUCACGAG